GAUCUACUGUCGUAAAUUGCAUUUGGCAUCCCCAUGCUAUGGAUACAAGCUUGCUGACAGAAUUAUGUGUCCACACGUGGGGAACCAACAGCUAUUGGCAGUUAGGACAGGGGCAUGUUGAAGACCUGUCAGUGCCCAGGCUCGCUGAUGGAGCCCUAUAGAUGGGGGCGGGGCGCCAACUCAGUGGAGGUGGUGGGCAUUCGACUGUGGUCUCUGAGAAAGGAGAGCUGCUGGUGUGUGGCCAGAACCACAGAGGUCAGCUGGGACUGGGUCACUGUUUAGAGGUCACCACCUUUCAACUCUGUCCUCUCAUUGGUCAGAGGGUUGCACACGUGUCCUGUGGUUGGGAUUUCACACUCGUCCUCACUGAUCAUGGCCAGGUACUGACGUGUGGAUCUAAUGCAUACGGCCAGUUGGGUGUCUCAGAGCCAAUCCCUCAUUCUGUGGUGCUGCUGCCCAUUCAGUCUGUAAGGGAGCCAGUGAUCAGAGUGGCAGCAGGACUCAGACAUCCACUAACUGUCACUGGUAUCUGCUAUGGAUGGGGAGACCCUCAUUACGUCACAUUUGAUGGCCAAUAUUACAGUUUCCAGGAAAACUGCACCUACGUUUUGAUUAAAGAAAUAGUUCCUCUACAGAACUUCAGUGUCAUCAUCGACAACUAUAACUGCGAUCCGUCUGGACAUGCGACCUGCCCUCAGUCUCUGAUUGUCAAUUACAAGUCUUACAAAAUCGUUCUUACUCCGAAGAGAUUAAAUGUGACAACAAAUAUGGUUUAUAUCAAUGGAAAUCAGAUCUUCCCGACCUUUUCUAAUGAAGACCUCAUGAUCACCAGCACUGGGGUAGAGUUACUGUUGAAGAUCCCUGCCAUUAAAGCAACAGUGAUGUUUAAGUCCCUUAUGUUCAGUGUAACCCUGCCAAACUCCCUAUUCCACAACAACACAGAGGGGCAGUGUGGUACCUGUGACAAUAUCAGGAAAAACGAUUGCAGAUUACCGAAUGGAAAGAUUGACCCAUCAUGUCCUGGGAUGGCUCAUGAAUGGAAGAUUCCUGAUGUUAAAAAACCCUACUGUGAACGGCAACCCCCUACCCUACCUACCCCUAAGCCUCCAACCUGCCCGUCAGGAAAGACAUCAAUCUGUGACAUCAUACUUAGCCCGGUCUUUAAGCAAUGCCAUGAUGUUAUCCCACAACAACCCUUCUUCGAGGCCUGUAAGUUUGAUGUCUGCCACAUGCCAAAUAUCUCAAUCGGCUGCUCCAGCCUGGAAGCCUACGCCGUGAGGUGUGCAGGAGCUGGAGUCUGUAUCGACUGGAGGAAAUCAACUAAUGGAACAUGUGAUCUGACAUGCCCUAAGACCAAAGUGUAUAAGGCAUGUGGCUCUACUAUCCAGCCAACAUGCAAUUCAAGAUACAAUGAAAAAUAUGUGCAUCCAUGUCAAGGAGCACAAAUGACCCGUGACGUUGUAUGUGACUCAUUCAUGGAGGGCUGUUUCUGCCCCGAGGGUACCAUCUUGUUCAACACAUUCUCUGACACCUGUGUUCGUGACUGUGGAUGCACAGGACCUGAUGGAAAACCCAAACAGUUUGGUGAGACUUGGUACAGUAACUGCCAGAAGUGCACGUGUAAUGCUGACACACUGAGUGUCCAGUGUGAACCAGUGAAAUGUCCGCCCCAAGAAAUUGUUACCUGUAAGAAGUACGGUGAGGUGUUGGUCAACGAGACGGUGGACUGCUGUCAGAAAAAUACAUGUGUGGCCAAACCUGUUUGUGUCCACAACAAUACUGAAUACACGCUUGGUGAAAAUGUUCCCAACGGCACCUGUGAGGAGUGCAAGUGUGGUCCUAAAAAGGAUCCAGUCUCCAAGCUAUAUGUUGUUGAGUGUGCCCAAAUCAACUGUUACACCACCUGCCCAACGGGUUAUGAGUAUGAAGUCGUACCUGAGAAAUGUUGUGGAACGUGUGUACAGAAGGACUGUGUUGUCGGUCUCCCAGAUGCCACAUCUCACAUCAUUCAGCUUGGGAGGUUUUGGUCGCCCCCUAGUGACCGCUGUGUGAAGUAUGAAUGCACAAAGACAAACAGCCAGUUCAUCGUUGUGGAAUCCAAAUUGAAAUGCCCAGUGUUCCGUCCAGAGGACUGUGUCCCUGGAACUGAGAAAACUGAUGCAAAUGGAUGUUGCACAACCUGCACUUUAAUCAGUCACUGUGAUGUGAAGAACACCACCACCUACCUAGAGGUGAAUAACUGCAGGUCCUCUGUGCCGGUGGAAAUCUCAGCCUGCGGGGGAUCCUGUGGAACAUCUUCUAUGUACUCUGCAGAGAAAAACACCCUGAUGCACUCCUGCUCCUGCUGUCAAGAGAUGUCUACCAGUGAGAGGAAGGUGGAGAUGGUCUGCCCUGAUGGGAAGAAGAUCAUGCAGUCCUACAUUUACAUUGAUAAGUGUGGCUGCCAUGACUCUGAGUGUGACAAGAAGAACCACUUAGAUUAGGCCUUGACGAAUUAAGUCUUUUAAAAUGUUCUUAUUUACCUUAACUGCAUGGAAUAUGAAAUAGUUGUAUCUAGGGGAACCAAUAGGGUCUGUCUCAUUAUCAUAUAGGCUACUUUCACGAACUGCAUGUCCUUUCUCUCUACACUAUCAUAGACAUUAUGCAAACCUAUUAAACUGAUGAAGAAGCAUGAA